UCUGCUAUGCUAAACACAACUUUUCUGCUAACUGUAAAGCAGCGCUGUGAAAUUGGGCCCGACAGGUGGAGUGACACACCAGAAGGGCAGUUACUAGAUAUGAGGCGAAUCAAGCCAAUUAGUCGUUUACACUUCGACGCAUUAUCUUGAACCUGCAAGUCCAAAGACAGGUUGCUCUGGAAUGAGCAACCCAGAAUUCUGAGGGAACCAACACAUUCCAAAGGAGAACCGUCAAGAUUCUAGGUUGGCUUGGGUAAUCGGAGCCAUGUCAAACGCAUGGCUUUGCAUUUGCCGACGUUCAGACGCAGGCAGUUGGACUUUGCCCAGUCCGGUACGGUGUCCAGGUCUUUUUGAAAUUCUGCAUCAUGAUGAUCGGUGAAAACAUUUCUGAAUAGAAAUGUGACGUCGGCAUACUGCACCAGGCUAGAUGACAGCUGAAGCUGUAUCGUUAACGUACAGCACAAAAAGUAGAGAAAGUAUUGGUCGUUAGAAACAAAAAAAGGAAAAAAUCUACACGACCUAGGCCUUUUUUUACUCGAUGCUCUCCCGAGGAGUCCCAGGCCAUCAUUAAAACUGAUGAGCUCGUUGUAGCUUUUCGAAGCUCCACAUUCUCAAUGACAGACAUUAUACAACGUCUCUACCUACCUGCAUAGGUAUCUGGUACAAUGUUGAAAAUAAUGAAGUCUAAGCACCGCCCCAUUUGGCUAGAUUUAUUUAAGGCUGCUGUGAACUAGGAAAGGCACAGAUUUGAAGAGUUGGUCAAGCAGUCCGGUUGAUAAACGAAGAGCAAAUCCUUUGCGAUAACUUCUGCCAAACCACUCCAACUUCACAUCUCUUGACGAAUCCACGUAGCGCCACAGCAACACCACACCGACUACUCCAAACAGCCCUCGAGUUGUGACUUAACGGCGGCCAGGAUGAAAAACCAAGUCAAAGAAUCAGUCUCCUACCGCCUGGUCGUCAUGGGCCCCUCACGGGUCGGUAAGACGGCCCUUAUCUCCAUGUUCCUCCGCGGCCAAGUCAGCCCGAUCUACUACCCGACCGUUGAAAACUGCCACACGUGGCAGAUGUCUCAAGGAGGUCGGCAGUGCCAUCUUGACAUCAUAGACACCUCCGGCAGCAAAGACUUCCCGGCCAUGUACAAGCUCUACAUCUCCACAGCCCAGAUCUUCGUCUUGGUACACUCCUUAGAAGACCCCCAGUCCUUCGAAGAGGUGCUUCGCAUCCUGGAGGAGAUCAACCGAGAGCGACCCGGAGAGCAGAUCCCAAUCUUUGUGAUCGGGAACAAGUCGGACCGACCGCGCCCUAUCGGGAUGUGCAGCGCAGAGGCGGAGCUCCUCUUAAUCGACUACAUGGACGUGGUCAGGUACACCGAGUGCAACUCUCGUAACCGGUACAGCGUGGACAGCGUCUUUGCUCAGAUCACCGAUGUCGUCUUUGGCUCAUUCCGAUGUGUCAACGGUCAGAGAGAGGACCUCAUGAGCACCUCGAGCGACAAGAAGUGUAAAGGAGGACUUCUCAAGAAGUGGAAAAGCCUUCGUCGUCGUUAAGAGAAAAAACUCAAACUCAGAAACAGUUUAUUUGGCUCAUACCUCGAGAUAUGUUGGCUGUAAUAAACACUGGACGAGCUGUAACUGCGCACGGCUUGAGAACUGUUACCAGACUUUAAAUUGAUUACACAAAAUGGUGUACAUUUAGGCCACAACUAUUGCCCCCCCCCCCUUCAUUU